CGCAACGAGUAAGACGUCUGACUCGCGUCGCACCAUCAUCGAGGCUAAAUAAAAACACAAAUCGAGCGAAAACAAGUAGCCGAUUUUACUGACGAGUCUGUCAAGCGAGACGAGAGGAGAGUCUUUCGGGGACUGAACAAGUCGAAAGGAAAGUUCAACGAUUGAAGGGGUGCAACGGGGCGAACGAAUCAUCGAAAAGUUAACAAUUUCAUGUACCUUCGGAGCUCGAAAGUCCCGCCAAAGUUUACGUGUCAAAUGAAGUUUUUCGCUUAAAGAUUUCAACUCAUUUCGGAGUAUAAAACCCGACGAAUUUUUGUGCACCCGAUUAUCGAAACUGCGUCGUACGUUCCCUCGUUUUUUUGACGUGCGAACACGAGGGGAUGCAAAUCGAAAAAAAUACACCGAAAAGGAUAAUUGAUUGAUUCGAAUCGUGAUGUUUCCUCCCGGCUUCGAGUCUGCAGGCACAGUGCACACGCGAGAACGCCGAUUGUAACUUGAGAAGUUAUACACUUGCGUCGAGUGCAUACAGCUCUGCCACGAGCCAAUAUAUUUAUAUGCACGCAUUCGUAUAAUUAUAUACAUGAAUUUAUAAACACAUAACAACGUGGAGUAGCCAACUAACCUGGGCUAAGAGAAACAAAAUGAGAUCGGAAGUGUCGGCACAGUGCGAUGCUUAAAAAAAGUCCCUCGAACCGGACAGCAAUUAAACUUUUUUCGGAGCAUUCGCCAUCGGAAUAAUCAGUCGAUCUGAGCUGAAACGGAAGCAGAGAUUUCGAAAUAUUCUUGGAUAAAAAAGCGUUUCGCGAGCACGUUUUUUCGUCGUUGAAUCAAUGACAGUGGAACAGGAAUGAAAAAGUAUUGAGAAGAUUGCAGAAACUGCAGGGCACGAAAAGAGUUUUCUAUUUUGAGCUGAUAAGAAAAAAUGAAUUGUGAUUCGUAUUCAGUGAUUGUUUAUUGAAAGUGGAAAACAAGUGUUAAAAACGUGAGUGAUAUUUCAAAUCGUCGUUCCUCCAUUCGAACGAUCAUGAAGGGAAGAAACGGAGGAUCGAGAGCAAUCAUGAUUCACUUUGGAGAUUGAGACCGAUCUUCACUCGCUCGUUUUUACUUUUGACAUCCUUCCUGUCUCUUUUUUAUUCGGAAGUGAUAAAGCAAAAACGAGAGUUAGCCAGGAUGAUGAUGGCACCGCCGCAGGUCGUGGGUGUUCUGUUGAAAAAGCCCGGACAACACAAUAACCCACGUGCACCUCCGUUGGAUCCUCAGGAAACCAAGAUACGCGGCGAAUUGUACGUCGAGGAUCUCAACGAGAGGCGAAUCGUAUCGAUUCGAAUGGGUUGGCUCUGGGUCGAAAAUACACAGAUGAGGCUACCGCUUCGAGCUCUUAAUCUUCGACAAGCUGCUCCAAGCAUUUGUCAACCUCAUGUCCUUGCUUUGGGAUUUACAUUGACCAACUCGCAGGGCGAUUUAUUGGCAACUUUUUGGGCCGACACCGAACCGAUCUACUGGUCCUGGGUCCGAGCGAUAGCAGCCGAGCUGGUGCGUCAAACGCCCUUCCGAGCGCAGCGCUGUCUAAACUUUUUGGAAAUUCUAACGAUCUGUCCACGGGGUCCGUUGCCACUUCCGGAAAGUCCAACGGAAACCCGUCGCCGUUCGAGGAGCGAGUUGCGUUGUUGGCUCGGUACAGCGUCGCUGAGCAACGAGAGAGUAGCCGACGCAGCCGUCUUACUGGACAAUUCGCGAAGACGAGCGAGGAGCGAGCUGCGCGGUUGGUCCAGCAGCAAUUCCAGCGACGAGGAUCUUCAUUUAGCCGAAUUUCGGAGCAUACAAGCUGCGAUGUUGCCAAAAGUGGAGGCGACGAUCGAGAGGAGAAUGUGGGGCUGCAGCGAGAGCAGCGAGGGUAGCGACGACAGUCUUCCGUGGGGCGGCACCGGCUGUCGCUCGAGCGUCGAUUCCAUCGACUCGGCCCCGUCUUUACCAGAGCCCGUCGACACUCGGGAGCAGAGAAUACAACGGUACAAGGAGGCAAGAAGGCGGGAAAAUGAGGCGAGAAGUCGGCGGGUGCUGGAGGAAGACGCGAAGAGGCGUAAAGCGCGACGGGAAGAAAACAACAACAACAUGGAAAACAAUACGGAAAAAGCGGCGAAAGCAAGUGAGAUUACGGGAUUUAAAGAGAAACCCGACGAUCUUCCUGCCACGAAGUCUCGAGAAGAUAACCGGACGAUUAGAAGCGUCGAAGCGAACAUGCCGAGCGGCGGAAACAGCCUCCGACCCGUAGAGAACACAGAAACCAUGAAAAAAUCGAUUCUGACGUGUGACCGAACGAAAAACCUGACGACGAAUACCGAACGUAACGAGAAAUCGGGCGUUGACUCACCGAAUAAUGGGCAAUCUGUAAAACCCUUGAAACCGGCGACACAAACAACGGAUCCCUUCGUAAGGGCCGCCGAAACCGUUGACGCGAUAACUCGGAGGUUGCCUCCUCUCAAAGUUUCCCUCGACAUGAGUCAGACGAUCGUCAGGUUCAGGGAAGGCAACGCUCCGCAUCGCCAGGACAACGAAAACAACAACAAUCGUAACAACAAUAGCAAUAACAGGGCUUCGAACAAUGACGCCAAGAACAACAACAAUAGGGAUAUUUCGACGAGGUACAAAGCCGAAAGUCCACCGAGCCCGUGCGUCACGAGAACGGAUUCUGGGGAGAGACGAAGUCGAGCGAGGGAAAGAAGAAACGUUCGUGAACGCUGUCAAAUUUCUCUGUUCCAUCAGGCACCGACUGACAACCGAAAGACUAGCUUCCUCGAGGAGAGGAAAGAAAGGUUGAGUCUCGCCUCUACAAUCCCAGUCGUCGGCGAAGACGUUUUGAGAACGAGCUCGAACUCGCGAUUGAUCGAACGAGCGGCACUCGUCAGUAACAACAAAGAGUUCUCACACGUCGAGAAAGAUUGCCGGAAACGCGAUGCCAUUUCGUUGCCAAGAAUAACCGACAAAAUGACAACACUCGCGGCAACAGCGACACCUACGCCUCUCAGCAUCCACGACGCUUCCUCAUCGCCUUCCACCUGUGAAGAAGAUGUCGCCAAGUUAUUGGCAAGAUGCCAAAGGGUCGAUCACUAUGUUCCUGUACGUGAGAAAUUGACACUUUUCGAGUCCCUGUCACGCCUCGGCGGCCGCCUCGCCCGCAGCACCGAAGACCUUGGCAGAUCAGCUUCGAAACCGAGUCCGCGCGGGAAACAACGCGCGAGAUCACUCCACGACCUUAAUCGCGCUGCCAGAAGCGUUCCUGUCAGAGAAAUGUGCCGCUUUUUCGAAGGUGAUUUAAAACACGGAGCCUCUUCCACGUCCACGGUACCAAGGUUACACGAAGCUUCAUCAAUCUCAUUCGCAAUUAAUUCCAAUAAAGAUUCGCCUGUUUCCAUUUUGAAAAAUUCACACCAUCUUCAGGAGCCUCCUCCUUGCGUGAGAACCUCGAGCAGACGAAAACACUAUCAGAAAUAGUAUCAAAGUUUCUUCACUCUCAGCAUCGGCGACGUUUAACUCGAUUCUUUGACACGAACUUUUUGAUCUUCCUUCCUGAGCCGAGGACCGAGAAUUUGUUUAAAGUUUUCGAGAGACGAGGCAUUGGGAACUGCCUCGCUUUCGGUCACCGUUCGAAGCAUCGUUUUUCAAUAAUUUAUUUAUGCCUUUAAUCGGGUUACACGAUUACUGGAUUUCUGACCUUGAAGCAGUUGCAAAUGGCCUUUUCGAAUUUCGCCUAUAAAUUACCAUUGAACGACUUCGAUCGAACCCCCCUCGAUCGUAACUCCAAGAUCCAAUUAGUCACGAAGCCUUAUGCUAAAUUUCGAUCUUUCACUUGUCCUUGCUGUCUCGAUUAAUUCCGUAAAAUCGUCGUUAUAGCUGUCCGCUAAGGAUCGGCCGAGUGAGACAGAAAUGCGACCGAAGUGGGGAUAAUCGCGGAGAAACCGGUAAUUUACAUUCACCGCUUUGCCAGGACGAAUGUCGAACUCCUGAUAGCGUAGCCAAGAUUUCUUUUUUACUCCCGUCGGCGAAGUCUUUUCGCGCGGCUUAAUGAAAAAACAUCAUCAUCGAAACUCAUCUCGAUUUCGAUCGCUAUCGAAAAAUCAAUUCUUCACGAAUCUUCACAUUUUUCGUGUUCAUUUAUCAUCAUUAUUUUUCAGCCAAAUAAAAUAGCUUUUCACUCGAAAUGUAAAUUGGGAUUGGACAAGAAUUUUUUAUUCGUGCGAUCUUUGAUGAAUUUGUGUGGCUUGAAUAUGUGUCGUGUGUGACUUCCCGAUUGCUUAUUCAUUGCAAAGUUAAUACCGAGGACAAUCCGGAGUUUGCUUCGGUUUCAUAAGUUUAAUGGAGCUUUCUGCGAGCGCUGAUUAUUUAUUGAAAAUGUCAGGAAGCUUCGUCAGUGUAUUUAUGUGAAAAAAUUGUUUUUCCAAUAAUUCGAUCACACUUCCCGGCAAAAUAUGGGGGCACAUGAUUUUUUUUUUAAUUCUCAUUCGUGUGCCAACACUCUUGUGACGACCUGUCGAAAAAAAUUCCCGGAUAAUCUCAUGCCCGUGUAAAUUUGUGUGCGUGAGAAAACGACAAGUGAAAAAGAGCAAAACCGCAUCGGAUAUGAGUCGUGUGAGAAUGUAUUUUGUAUCCUCAUCGGUUGCUGCGUUUGUGUACAGUUCAAGAAUAGAAAUAGUGCGAAUGAAAGAGGAUAAAUUGAGACUCGACACGAAAGACGAGUCCUUAAACGUAAAAUAAGUAGCAAGAAAAAAAAUUAGGAAAGAAAUUAUGAUAAGGAAAGAAAUUGUAAAAACGGAUGUGACCUUUUCCGGUAAUCGAAAGCAUUUUUUAUUCGAGCACAGGUGCAAGCAAAAAUGAACAAAAAAAAAUGAUGAAGAGUAUGAAUCUAAUAGCUCCGGUUCAAAUCAGGGUCAGUUAAAAAAAUAAUGAUUUUUCCAUUGAUUCACGGGAAUGAUUGCACAAAGAAAAAUUGGUGGCAAGCAAGGUCUCUCGAAUCUGGAACGACGGCAGUUCACCAAAAUAAUUUUUGACAAGAAACUCCCGAGAAUUCCUAGGCAAGAAUAAAGUGGACGAAACAUGCUUGAGUUGUGCGAAUCAGAAAAUACAUGGGGUUCGACACCUUUUCGAUGUACGUUUCGUCGAAUGGUUCUUGUUUCUCGUCAACAGUAGUGCCGAUUUAUCCAAGCAUAAACAUUAUACAUAUAUCUAUAUAAAACAAAUAUAAAUAUACAAAGUGUUGUACCGGCAAUGUGCCAUCGUUUGUAUUCGUUCUCCUUCGAACGUCGAGUUGACCGAAAACUUUACAAGUUUACGUUUGUACUGUGGAGGAAUAAAUAUGAAGAAAGAAAAAAAAGUGUCGAACUUCGAUCGAGCCGACAGCUGAAAAUGGAAAUUUUGGCUAAUUGCCAAAGAGGUCAUCUAGUCCCACCUCGAAAAACAGAAAAAAAAACAAAAAAAAAAAAUUAUAUAUAUUCACGUACCCCUACCGUGCUAUUGUACCGAGACCGAAAAAUUUCCUUCCUCUUCGUACACAAAUCGUUCGUGUAUUUUUGUUUUGUUUUUUUUUCUCUCUCUGUCUCUCUCUCUCGAUGAAUUUUGUAUGUACACUUGAAAGUCUCGUGUUACUGUAUAUUAUUAUUAAUUAUAUAUAUUUAUGUAUAGUUGUGAGUAUAUAAGAAGAGACGACGAUUGUUUGUAUUUACGUUUGUUGUAUAAUAAAAGAAAGUGACGAUUAUUGGCUGUCCUUUGUGUUCACAACGAAGAAGCCAAUGAUCGAUGGUUUUCUUAUUGAAUCGA